GUUGCCCGCUCGGCUGUAUUCGUCGUCGGUCCUCCGUUCACUUGCGCUUUGACGGGGUAGUCUUUAACCUGCAACUUUAUAUUAUUUAUCAGUAGGGGUUUGUAAAUCUAUAGAACAAAAUGAAAGCUGUACGCGCAACGUGUAUCGUGAUUGCAUUAGCCUUCUUCGUCGGGGUAGUCGAGGUUGUGGAUGCUGAUACCGACAGAAGUGUUGAUGUUCCGCCGGAGCCCGCACCUAAGACAUCCACAGCUAUUGUAAAUGAUUCUACCACAGCCCAGCCUAUUACUACACCUACCACCCAAACUUCAACAGCUUCAGAUCCAACAACAAAACCUACAAUACCAUCAUCAACACCAUCAACAAUACCAACAACAGCAUCUUCAUCGACAACUAAUCCUACAACAACCACUACCUCAAAUACAACUACUCCAGUCACAUCGACAUCAAGUGCUAUUCCACCAGCAAGUACAACAGCUAUACCCCCAACACCGACGCCUUGCCCUUCGGAUCAUCGUCACUUUGAUGGGCCAAGUUUUAUGGGUGGUAUAAUCCUCACUGCUGGUCUGGUGGCAAUCACCUUUAUAUUGUGGAAAUUCUACAAAGCGCGCGCGGAGCGUAACUACCGCACACUUUGAAAAUAUCUGCUAAAUUUAAGAACUUACUCUAUGAUCCUCAGUUAUUAGAACUAAAUACUAUUGAUAAUUAUUUUAGUUAUUAAUAUAAUAUCGUGUAUUUUUUAUAUUAUUAUAGUAAAUACCGGAAGAUUGAAGUGCUCUUAGUACACUGAUGUGCUGUUAUAUGAGAUUGUUUCUCUCCAGUCAGACUAUUAAAUGAGAAUAUUAUAAUAUUGUGUGUGUACAGAGAAAACAAAGGAAUUAAUUUCCUGAUGUAAAGUGUGCCAUGGUUGCUCUAAUACAUUCCAUGGAAAAGGA